UGAGUUUAUUUCGUUACCAUUGAGAAUAAAAUAAUAUGAAUAUCACAUUAAUAUAAAUAGUUAAAAAACCAACAAAAAAUUAACGUAACAACAGAAACGUUAAAAUAGUAAACAAAAUAACCAUAUGUAUAUAAAAAAAAUGUGUACCAAAAAAAUAAAAACAAAUUAAGAAAGAAAGCUUUAUUCCCGUAAAAAUUAAAGAAAAAAUGUGUUAUAAGUGGAGUAAUGAACCAUUAAUAUAUUAAUAAAUGAAAAUAAAUUGAAAAUAAAUAAUAAUGAAGAAUGAAGAAGAAAAAAACGUAUGGUGAAUAAAAUAUGUAAUAAUUAACCUAAUAUGAAUGUGUAUAAAAUAAAAAAAUGCAUACAUAUAGUGAUUUUAAAGUGUCUAAAAGUAAUCGGUUUCAUAUAUCUGCUAUACUAGAUUAUGAAGCUUAAAUACAUUUAGUGUUUACGCUAAAAUAAACGUAAAGUGCUCAAUAAAAAACAACACGCCAAGCUAUUUAUUAAUAUUGACUUAAAUAAAAUCGUUGCAAUUAUGGUCUCAAAUUUAAUUAACAUGCCCUCAUGUCCUUUGUGUUAAUCAGAGUUUAUUAUAUAGUAAAUAAUCAUAUAUCAUUAGUGUUAAAAUACCACUAAAAUAAAAAAAAACAUAUAUAUUUUUAGCUCGUAUAUAGCUAGAAAAUACAAACAUACGUGAUCCAUUAUGCAACACUGUUAUUUUACUAGAUAAUGCUUUAAUGUAUGUACAUGAAUGAGCCUUUGAUGUGGAAAAAUAAUAAAAGUUACGGCCGCCAGUUCGUGUAUCAUAUUAAGUUAUGUAUGUGCUUCACUCAACACUCGUAAAAAGAUAAAUCGAGCACAUUAAUAAUUUUAUUUGGUUUCUCUAAACAAAACCUUUCGUACAGUAAUUAUUUAAUAACGAUUCAGUUGAAAAACACGUGUGUUGAGAAAGAGGAUAUUGUGUAAUCGUGGGUGGAAACGGGAGACGGGGACAUCUACGCGCAGCUAACAGAUGAUCCCCACAUGUCAAUUGUUGCAGCCGAAAAUGCAGGGCUUGGCCCAUGUGACUUACCAGAUUCGUGGGCACCAAACACAAAUAACAGUAACAGCAAUAUCAGUAGUAUCGUUGCGAACAGUAGAGACAUCUCAUCGUUAUCAGCAGUCUCAAAAAACUCUUCAACUACAGCUGUCCCUCUACAUAUUGAGAACAACAUUAGCUCGAAUAUUGUGUUCUUCAAAAACAAAAGUAGUACAACUACAACUGCCAUUCAAUCAGCCACUACUUUUGGAUUUUCAACAUCAUCAACGGCCAGAGCAACAACAACAACCACUUCCUGUCCCAUAUACAAGGUGCCUCUCUCAUCGCCAGCCGCCGCCACAGCCGCUGUUACGGUUACAACAGCGAGCAUUGGUAGUGUGGUAACACCCUUAGGUGUGGGUCUGGUACCCUCUACACCGACGUGCGCGCCCCAUACUGGAACAAGUACCGCUGGAACUGAAGGUUUAGCUGGUGUAUUGUUAUCAGCCUCAAUUUCAGCUGGUGGCAGUAAGAACAGUAUUUCAGCUCAGAAAACAAUUUCCAAUUUUCAAGUGAACAACGUCAAUGAUAAUACAAAUAACAGCGGCAACACCAGUUUUAGAAGUCAAACACUUCCAUUGCAACCACAACAAUUACAAUUGCAGCAGCAAAACAGCUCAUUCUUACAUAACAAACACAACAACCAAAACAACAAUAAUAGUUCUUUGGUAAAAAACAACAACCACAAAAAUUGCAACAAUUUUAAUUUAAUACUGCGACAGAAGGCUGCCGCAACUGUAAGUUUAGCUGCCGCACUGCAAAAUUCCAUCACCAUGAAUGCGGUGGCUUCACCAAUCUCAAAUAAUCCAGCGACGCCGACUCGAAAAAUUAGAAGAAAAACUGAUCCGAAAGCUAAUUUGCCACAAUCACAGAUCAAUAAAUGUAACAACGAGAAAAGGCGUCGCGAAUUGGAAAACAAUUAUAUCGAGCAAUUGUCCGAGUUUUUACAACUCAACAAACGCGGUGAUACAGCCUCAACGAAACCAGACAAAGCUGCAAUAUUGAACCAAGUAGUGAAAACGUAUCGAGAGUUUUGCGACAAAGGCCAAAGCCGUGAUAUUUCUUCUGCAACGUCAACUACUGCUCCUUCAGCUCUCAAUUCGACGACACCUAAUAACAAUAAUAGCAAUUCAACUUCAAAAAGCAACGAUAAUCGAAAUAAUACAGCAUCCACACGUUGUUUACGAUGUGCAACUGACAAUUGUUCUAUACAUCCAGUACAGCAAGGCGACGUUUCAUCGACCGAACCUCCACUCCCAGAGCCAUCGUUGCUUAACGGUCAAGUGCCCGAAAUAUCUGCCUAUUUUGAAGCCUUGGAACAUUACCUCUCAUCAGUCGAUUGGGUACUUUUACAAGUCACUGCGGACGGGAUAAUUGAGUCGUGUACGCAGAAUAUACGUGAACUAAUCGGCUAUGACAAACAGGAACUAUAUCGUAAGCCACUAUAUCAAUACCUGCACUCUGGCGAUCAUGCGAAAUUAGAUCCAAUUAUAAAUAAUAUGCCGUAUGGUGUUAGCGGAAAUGGAACUGGAGAUAUUGGUUGUGGCAGUGGUAGCCAAAGUGGCUGGAAUGAUUUGGAAGAUAGUGGUACAAAUUCGCAACAUUCAACAGCCUCGUUAGGUCCAGGAAGUGCUAAAAUUAAAAGAAAUAUAGCAGCUAAAGUGCGAAUGUUGGUCAAAGAUUUGCGGUCCGCUACUCAAACAUCCAUGUCGCACCAAAACGACCCUUUGGAUCAGAAAACUGUUGGACAACAGAUACACCCAGAGAAAUAUGAGGAAGUUAUGUUGCUUGCAACACCGAUGAAAGACGACGGAGAUACAACGUCCUCCAUAUUGUGUUUGAUCACCCGUCCUGAGGAUGAGCCAGCAAUUCAACAUGUACAACCUCAGGCGAUUGAGCAUUUAACUUUUAAACUCGACGUACACGGCAAGAUACUCAAUUUGGAUGCAACCGCACUUCGUGAACCCUAUCGUCAACAUUUGAGUAGCUGGUUGGGACGACUCUUGCAGGAUCUUUGUCAUCCCCAAGAUUUAAAUGCUCUGAAAUCACAUUUACGCGAGGUUCAAGAGUCAGCUGCAUCAGUCCAUUUGAUGAAUUCGCCGGCGGCACACUCACCCGGUGGAACGCCUGCUACACUAAUUAAUCCUCCCAUUGCGAACGUUAUGUCACGUCCAUUUAGAUUACGUUUCGGUGCACCCGACGUUUAUGUUCAUGUUAAGGCUAAUUCACGACUUUUUUUAAAUCAGUCGCAAACUGAGGGUGAUUAUAUUAUGUCACUGCAAACAAUACUUAAUACGGAUAAUGAUAUAGGCGGGGGAGGUAUUGGAGGUUUGAACAUCGGAAGUAUCGGUAACAGUAACAUAAUGCCAUCUAGCAGUUUGUCUACAAUGUCGCCCACUCCAUCAUUAGUUUCGCCACUUUCUCUCCCCUUGGACUCACUUGUUAAUAACAAUUCAUCGUGCUCCUCAUCGUCAGCCUCAGCAUUAGCAAGUGUAAGUAGCGGAGCCCACAUGCUAGGUGGACUAGUUGGAGGUGGUGGCAUGCCACCACAUAGCACCCAAACUACUAAUGUGGGUGGACCACUAAUGACUUCAGCUGUUAUCAAUGGUACCGGAGGUGGUACACAGCGUAACAAUCCUGCUGUAGCUACUUCGGCAUCGACUUCGAAUAAUUCCACCUUAGUAAAUUCUUUUACUGCAUCGCCUGCUGGCCCCGAAGCAACGAUUUUCUAUAGCUCCGACCCCUUUGAUUUUGACUUGGCACAUUCCAGUUUUGAAAUGGACGCCACUGGUUGGACGGAUUCGCGUCCAAAUUCUCGUGCUUCUGUUACUACUCCGGUAAGCACUCCGCGUCCACCUUCAGCGGGACAUGGAUUCAGUCCGGCAGUAUGUGCUUCACCAUCGACGCCAUAUCAACUGUCGUCACACUCAGCUGCAAGCUUGCCUUCACCUCAGUCAAAUACAAGUCAGCCGUCGUCUGCUGGCCCCGGCGUUAGUGGAGGUCCGUUUGGUUUUGGCUUCCCGACGUUCGAGACAAGUGAUAAGAAUAAUGAUAAAGAACACAUGAACGCUGGCAUAAACAGCAGUGGCAGCAUGAGUGGCAAUAAUUCAGGACCUCCAGGUAGUUCUAGUGGUGCGUUAAGCGGCAGUGCAAAUUUACCAAAUGGUGGCCCGCCAUUACUAACCACUGUGACUAAUAUGAGUCAAGUAUCUGCACAGCCCAAUCCACCUCAACCGGAGUCAGAGCGUUUACGGCAUUUAUUGACGAAUAAAUCGCAUUCAAUGACCUCAGGAAUGAACACGGGCGAUGGUGAUAAGGAUCACCUUAACCUACGGCAUAAGUUUUACAAUCAGGGUCUACUCAAUUCCGACGAAGAUAAGGAUGGUGGAGGUGCCGGCGGUAGCAACAGGGGUUCGUCCGGAAUGUUCAAAAUGGGCGCUGCUGGUAUAACGAAUGCGCGCCUAUUUGGUGGUGGUGCAUUACCAAAAUCUUCGAACUCCAGCAAUCCCAUGUUACUGUCGUUGCUUAACGAGAAAUCGGAGGAUGAUGAUGGCAAAGGACCUUCCCUUGGUCGACAGAGUGAAUUAAUGCGUCAAUUACAAAAAGACGAUGGUCACUUUAGUCAUUCACAUGGUCAUAGUCACGGACAACAUCACUCCAAGGACAUGUCGCAAGAGGAUUUACUUAAAAGUUUAAAGUACCAAGGUGACCCAACAACUCGCAAGCGUUCACUCAAUGAACCGGAUGAUGGCAUAUUAGCAAAACGUGAGAGUGACCGUCCAUCCAAGCUGCGUGAAAGCAAUAAAAUGCUUGCUUCGCUGUUAGAAAAUCCGCCAAAGAACCCCAUAGUAACUGUACCACCUCAAGUCAAAACUAUACCUGACAUUGCACCAUCAGCAAGCCGCGGCAAUUCGGCCCUCGGUGUCAUGAGUGUUUCAGCACCAAAUAGCCUAGGCGGCAUGCCUCCAAAAAGUGGCACAAUGACAACGACAUCAUCGAUAAGUGCUGGCAAUUCCGUCGGUGGUGUUGGACGGAGUAGUAGUAUACGUAAACAAUAUUCCGAUACCUACCUCACGCUGCAACAUCAGCAACAACUCCAUCUACAACAACAACAACAACAACAACAGUGUUUAGGUAACAUUCAGCGCCCUUCACAUCAGCAGCCAACUCAACUAUCUCAACCGCCAAUAAACUUUGCUUCAUCAGACGCCUUCGGAACAUCUCUACAUAAUACCACAGCUACCUCAGGGACAGCCAACGUCACAGCAUCGAUUGUGACAUCACAAGCGAGCUCCCAAUUAGCCGGCCCUAGCGGCGCCGAUGGCGAUUCAGAAUUGUCUAAGAUUUUGGAUAGCGUUAUGGAUUACGUUUCAGACGAUGGACCCUUUGUAUCAGCACCUACUCCUACUGCCUUGUCUGGAUUAACACAGCAAGAGAUUAAUGAGCGCAUGGCUAUUAAUGCUAUUCAAAAUUCAUUGAUGGUUGAGACAUCUCAACUGCAACAGCAACAACAUCAUCAACAACAGCCACAACCGCCGGCCUAUCCCGGCAACGUAAUGGGUGGUGGCAGUGGAGGGGGCACUGGAUCGGGUUUGUCACAGCAACAACACCAACUCCAGCUGCAGCAUCAUCUACAAAUGCUCCAAAGGCAACAAGCUGCCAUUGGUGGCAAUCAACAGUCAACUCAGGUACAACAAAUGUUGGAGGUACUACGUGUUAACGCCAAUCAAAGCUUCCAACGUCCGCCACCUAUGUAUUCGGCGUCGCGUAACCGGGGCCCAAUGAAUGCCGUUACUACACCUGGAGGUUCUGUUUUGCCAGCACAUCAGCAGUACCGAAUUCGUCAACAGCAGCAACAGCAGCAACAACAAAAAGAACGUCUUCUACAGCAACAACAAAAGCAGCAACUUUUGGUUCCUGAGAGUGCAACAGCGCGCACAGAUCAGUUAUGUCUAAAUCCAAACAUCAACAACAUUGGUUCACUGUUGAAUAAUACAGUAGCUCCAAAUGUUGCUUUGUCUCGUACCAACUUGCCGCCCGAUUCUCAACUGAGUCCGAAUUUUGCACAGAAUUUACUUCAACAACAACAAUUAAGUCCAGGUCAACGUAAUGCACCCUUCAGUCCACAAUCUAAUGCAGGUUAUGCAUCGCAAUUUUCACAGAGCGGACAACGUCUAUCGCCCCAUCAUCAACAUCAUAUUUCACAACAACAACAACAAGUGAAUGCCCAGCAGCAACAACAGAUGUCGUUUCAGGCUGCCCAAGCCGCAAACGCUAAUGUCGCUCCGCAGCUAUCACCACGCCAACCGCCUUUUACUGGGGGCCCAGGUAAUGUACAAUCGCAAACUGGCAUGCCGAAUACGUCAUCACAACAAUGGAAUGCUGGUGGUAAUGUCAGUACGGCAAGUGUGCAGCUAAGUGGAAAUUUGACAACUCAACGCAGUCACUCAUUACAACAACACAAUCCUAUGUUAAGCGCGCAAUUGCAACAGGGAGUUAGUUCUUAUACAACACGUCCGUAUCAAAAUCAGCGGCGAAGUCUCAACUCUCCUAACGGAGGUGGUGUAUCUGGUAAUGCAGUUGCUAGUAAUAUCGGCACCAAUGUCAGUCUGCAGAGGCAAAAUUCUUUUCAAGGAGGUGAAUCUAGUGGUUUUGGAGGUACAUCAAAUUCUCCGUCUCCACAGUCACCAUAUGGGGGAUCUAGCUCAAAUGUAUUCCAGCAACAACAAAUGCAACGAAUGCAACGCCAAAGUAGCGUUCCGCAAACUACCCAACAUUUACCUGGCUCUCCGCGCCCUUUCAGUGCGAAUGUAAAUCACGAAAAUAUUGUAGGCACAAGCGGCAAUGGCGCCGCCACUAGCCUCGGCAUAAAUGGCGGUGUCAGCGUCGGCGGCAGUGUCGGUAUUGUUGGUUUUGGUGGCAUGAUGUACAAAAACAUGCAGCAUGCUGCUCAUGCAGCCCCACAACAAACACAAAACGAUUUUUAUGGUCGCGUGCAGGCCGCAGGUAAUGCAGCAAAUUCAUCUGAUUUUGUAAAGCAAGAAUUGCGGGCUGUAGUGAGCGUACGUGCUCAACAACAGGCUGCUGCCGCUGGAGGUGCUGGCGCUUCUUCUGGUGGCAACGGAGUACCAGGUGGUGGCGGAGGUAAUGGCGGUCCUGGCGGUCUGCGAAUAACUUCCACUCCGCAGAGUCCAUUGAGCAGUGCUCAACAGGGACCAAUGAGUGGUGGCUCUUCUGGAGGUUUAAAUAGUACAAAUUCGCUUAGCAUGCAACAACAUCAAUCUGGGUCGAUAGGUACUGGAGUUAGCCAAAACACUCUACUUAAUACACCACCAGAUCCCUCCAUGAAUUUUACCUUCGAUGCACAAGAUUUCUUUGGCAGCAAUGUUACAAGGUGACCAUAAAAAGUAUGAAAUUCAAUGUACACGUCUAACGGCCGCCAACAAUAAAACAAUAAAAGGAACUACAUAUGGGCAUGAACGAAAAAAAGAGAUGAAAAUUUAUUAAAAUUAGUAACAUGUAUAUAGCAACCAUAAAAUUUUAAUUAUUUUCUUGUGUUAAAAAACUAUUUUUUCAAUUAUGAAAAUUGAAAGCAAAAUGAGAAACAUGUACCAAGGUGCAAUAGAAUCUUAGCAUUUAUUUACAUAAUACUGUUACAAAUAUAUCAGCAUAGCUAAAAAUUAAAAAAAAAAUGUUAAAUAUAUGUAUGUGCAUACAAUUACAUAAAACUAUAAUAUAAUUUUGGGUAAAUUAUAGGAUCUUUGAAAUUUCGUUUCAUGAAAAAGACCAAUAUAAAAACUGAUUAAAACCACAACAACCGAAUGAAAGCUUGUUAAGAACUACAAAUAUGCAUAAUCGAAUUCCAAGCUGGUAGGUCUUAUUGAAUUUUAUGUAUCUAUAUGAAAAUACUGUAUUACUGAAAAUUAAAAAUAUAAUUGCGUAAACUAAUUAAAACCUGUUAUCAUCAGUUCAAUAUUAAAAAAAAUUAAAUGUAGAUAUUAAAAAAAGAUAACGCAGACUGCAAACAAAUUGACGAUGGAAUAGAAAAAAUUGCUAUUAGUAGAAUCCUCAUGAGGGUGGAUUGGCCAGAUUAAAUACCAUAGUCCAAUUCUAAUUUGUUAAACGAUGUAAUUUGUUAGAAUGACAUAAAACAGUGGGGACAUGUAACAGACUAGUAGUGGAUGAAACGACACUAAUUACAUAGUAAAAUAGCGUUAAAAUUGCAGAACGCAUGUGUAUAUAUUAUACAAAUCAAAUUCAAAAUUAAUUAAAUUUUUGCAAGUGGAAAUUGAGGAAACUAAUUAAAUAUUAAGCGUUAUGUUUAAGUACAUAAUUCUUAAAAAACACUAAUGAAAGUAAUGUUUAAAGUUUUAAAUAUUUCGAACUGUUAAACAGUUAAAUUUAAUCCAAGUAACAUAUUAAAUAAGGGGAAACGGUAAACGAUUUUGUUAUCACAAUAUUUAAACAGAGUAUUUUUCACCGCACCAACUAAAAACAAAGUUUUCAAAAAAAUCAUGAUUAAAUGAAUUUAUAAAAUAAAUGAUAGAAAUGUUAAAAAACCUUAAAAACAAGCAUACAGUUUCAAACAAAAAAUGCAGUGAUAUAUGAAAAUAACGUAUAAAAUCUAUAAUCGAAAAAGUGUAUAAAUUUAUUAUUUAAAAAUGUAUGUGUACAAUGUAAAUGAUAAGUAAGAAUUACGUUGGUAAACGUAAAAGUUGGAGAAAUAUAGCCAAAAAUUAAAAAGCAAGAUAAGCAUUUUAUGAACAACGUUUUUUUAUAAAAAAAACUUAUAUCCUUGAAUACGCUUGACUUGGAAAAUUCGUACAUAUAUAAUUUAUCCACUUUCUAAUUCCAGUAAUAUUUUUGAUAUUGUUUAAAUCUUGACCAUGUUAUUUAUUUUGUUCCAAGUAAUUUUUUUUAGUUUUUAAAUGAGAGAAUUUACACUGGACGAUUAGAGUAAAAAAUCAAUGCACAGUUGUCGUCGUUAUCGAUUCUUAUUUUAAUAUUUUGAUUCAUUAGAAUAUGAAUGUUAGUAAUAAGUUUGAAGCUUGUCCCUGGUUUAUUUAAAAAACUAUUGUCCGUUAAUAUAACUUUUCUUCCUGAAAUACAGUCACAUAAGAAUUUACUAGAUAUCACGUAUAGGAAUACGAAUGAACCUAAUUAAAGAUGAUCUAAUUUUUAUAAAUCUUUAUAUAAUUAUAUUACGUUUUCAAAUAACUUCUUAAUUUGUUUUCAUUUUCAUGCAUAUAUAAUAUAUCGGGGUUUUUCUUAAUUAGAGUUUUUAGUUAUUAUCUAUUGAUCUAAAAUUGUGAAAAAAUGAUGGUUAUUAUAAAUACAUUGAUACUUUAUAAUUAUAUCAUUCGUUUUAAACAUUUUUUCUUUUUAAAAUAGUUUUUGCAAUUAAGCAAAAAACGAAGGGGAAUAAUUAAAUUGUGAGAUAUUAGUCCAAUAAAUACACAUAGCAUGUAAUUUACCCAAUAUUGGUGUAAAAUAAAAACAAUAAAUAUAAAACCUAGUUAAUUGUCAUAACUUUAGUAAUACAAUUAAGUCUAAUUAAUGAAAAAAGAAUGAAGUUUUUAUUGUUAAGGUGUUAAGUGGCUAAAACACUAUUGUUUGCUUUAUUAAUUUAUUAAACAGGUUAAAAGGGCAAUGAAACUUUCAAAUACAAUAUGCAUUAAAUAAUAUAAAUAACUAUUACUUGAUUUUUUGUUAGUUAAUUUAAACGUAACAUAGUGUAUCUGAUAUGCAAUGUAUUUAUGUAGGUGCAGCAACUGUUAAGGGUAAAUUAUUGUUAUUUUUUUAAUUAUCUAAAAAUAUUGUUUUUUAUUAAUUACACAUUAAGUUUUUCUACGGAUGUAAUUCUAUAUAAAGAUAUUCUUAAACACGUUGUACACCGUAUAUAGGCACCAAACGUAUAUUUUUCGUGUCGUAGUUAAUAUCAGUAAAGUUAUAACUUUUAUAAUAAAAAUUAAUAGUAAAUUUUUUCUACUAUUUAAGCCUUUUCCGUUUUUGUCCGCUUAAGUUUGUAAUGCAAAUUAAUAAAAAUGUAAAGUUGACAUAAUAAAAA